UAUUAUUAUUAUUAUUUUUAAAAUUUUGAGUUAUUGGAAUUUGGAAGCUGGAAGAAGGGGAACAAUUGAGGAGAAAGCAAUGGCUCGAACUAUCUCCUACAUAACCAGCUCUCAGCUACUCUCUUUGAAACCGCGCCCAAAUAUCGCCGUCAUCGAUGUCAGGGACGAUGAGAGGAGUUACGAUGGCCAUAUUACCGGCUCUCUGCACUACGCCAGCAGCAAUUUUACCGAUAACAUCUCAAAUCUAAUUCAACAGGUCAAGGGCAAAGAUACCCUCGUUUUCCAUUGCGCUUUAAGCCAGGUUCGGGGACCAACUUGUGCGAGGAGGCUGGCUAAUUAUCUGGAUGAAAAGGUGGAAGAUACUGGAAUCAAGAACAUUUUCAUCCUUGAACGUGGAUUCAAUGGCUGGGAAGCUUCGGGUAAACCUGUUUGUCACUGCACUGAUGCCCCCUGCAAGGGAGAGAGUUCAAAAUGAUAAUUUGAUUAAAAGUGAAAAAAACAACAUUGUUAUGUGAUGACAUCUAUCAUAAUUUAUACAACAUCAUCACUUAUAGAAUGUAUUUUGGACAAUGGUAUUUACUACCGGAUGUUUUAGAAUGUGUUAUAUGUUUGUGAUUUGGGCUC